AAAAAAGAGAACGAUUGUUAAAUCACUUCCCUUUCUUCAACCUUAUUACCAGGCGGUUAGUGUUCCAACCAGAGGUGAAUACUCUGGUGCGCAGAGGAUUGAAGUAUCAGCAGAGGAGGAGAGACGAAGAAGGAAGGAUGAUUAUAAUCUUAAAUCCUUUCUAGGUCUCCCUUCUCUCAAUACUGUAUUUGUAACUCCGGCUCCAACCUUCGGACUAGUUCAGGAAACUGGAUCCAGGUUCCCCAGUAGUAGAGGGAGGGUGGAACCUGAUAUUAAAGGACGAAUUGAACCUGAGACGGAAGGACGAAUGGAACCAGAGAUGGAAGGACGAAUGGAAUCUGAUAUUAAAGGAAGGAUUGAAUCUGAUAUUAAAGGACGAAUGGAGCCUGAUAUUGAAGGACGAAUGGAAUCUGAUAUUGAAGGACGGAUGAAAUCUGAUUUUGAAGGACGGAUGGAACCUGAUAUUGACGGACGAAUGGAACCUGAUAUUGAUUAUAUAUCUCUGGAAGGGUUACCUAAAUUCUACUCUAACUCCGGGUCUGAAAAUGAACUGGACGGAGAACUUGACAAUGGAUUCUCAGCAAUUCUAGAUCUGGGAAAUCUGUUCCACUUUGUUUGGAGCAAACAACGUGAUAAUAAAAUUCCUGUUAGAAAGGAGGAUAAGGAAGACAUUGAAAGAUUUCUCCGAGCUUCAAAAGAUAAUUUUCCUAAAGACGAAAAAUACGAAAAAGAAGAUUCUAAGAAAGAUACAGAUCUUGAAAUAGUGUAUGGUAUUCAAGCAGACUCUGAGAAUACAGGGAUAGAGAAAGAUCCCUCUAAUGCUGAAGGAGAAUAUAUGUCAGAAACUUCAGGAGAUAACAUUAUUCUUAAUGAAGCAUUGGAUGAAAUUGCUAGAGAAAUUAAAACUGAAGAUGACACUGAUGUAAAAAUUGAAGCAAUUCACGAAAUUGAGGCAGAGAUUGCAAAAGGAUAUAUGACUGCAAAGGAAAUUCAAGCGUUAAAAGAAAUAGAAAUCGACACUUUAAAAGAAAUUGCAAUGGAAGCGGCCAAAGAAAUCAAAGUUUUGGAAGAAAGUUUAAUGGCUGCUAAAAGAGAAAAUGAAAAAAAUUUUUGGAACAAAAACAGAAUUGAAUCAAAGGCCGAAUUGUCAAGUAUUAAACUCAAUAAUCUAAUGUUGACACCUUAACCAAAUAUUUGAGCCAAAAAACGAAGCCAAAAAAAACAGGUAUUUUGAGAAAUUGAGAUUUCAAUUGUAUCAACAAAAUUUAGUUUUUUAAGAACACUCUCUAAACAUAAAUUCAAAAGGACUGUCGUUGAAAUUUCAUGCCUGAUUCACAACGGUACUCCCUAAACCUUUAUCUGAUCAAAAUGUUGAUGAUAUCGUCGUUUUGUUCUAGCUUUAUCAAUGUUUAAUUACUGCAAUGUUCUCCUUUAUUGUUGAAGCUUAGAUCGUUGUUAGAGAGAACUUACAAUUAAAAUAAUCACUGUUCUGAGAAAAAAACAUUAAAAAGUCAUUAAUUCUUUGUUAAACUGAACUUUUAAGGAUAUAUCGGACAUGCCACUUUACAUACGCUGGUAGGCGAUUAAAUCAAUACAGUGAAGACGACUUUCCAUUUCAAUUUGGAUUUGAAUUAAGCUUUCAGACUGCAUGGACACACAUAAACAUAAAAGUCAAGAGAAGCUGUCAAUUAAAAAUGCUUCUCUUUGAUUACUUAUAAACUUGUAAUUAGAAAAAAGCUUGUUAACAAUCAAAACCUACAUAAAAAGUCGUCUUCAUUGUAUUGAUAUAACCGCUUAUCACCGUAUCAUAACUGAAGAUCCACUUGAAAUUAUGUCUACAAUCCCUUUAAGACUCAGGAUGAUAAAAUACGCAUUUUUCCAGCAGUUUGACGCAAAAGGAAGUGAUAGGAUAUUAAGUGAUUAAUAAGAAAUAUAAGAAAUGGACCGAAUCGAAUCUAUCUGCAGGAAAUGAUCUGGGCAAAUAUUUUUCUUAUUUAUAUAAAAUAAAUUGACAGCUUAA